AUGGCAAAUAGUGCGUGGGCGGAAGAAUACCCCACAGGAAGAAGCGAAUACAUACGCUUUGAAGGGUCAGACCACAGACUGAUCAUCACCAUAUUCGACCCCACCAGAAAGAGGAAGAAAGGCCUGUUCAGAUAUGACCGGAGACUGAAGGACAAUGAGGAAGUGCAGAAACUCAUCUUUGAAGCCUGGAAUACAAAUGAGAUGGACACAGUGGAAGAGAAAAUAAGCCACUGCAGGAAAGAGAUAAUAAGAUGGAACAAAGAGAAGCAUCGAAAUAGCAAAGAGAAAAUAGAAGUGUUCCAAGAAAGACUGGAAACAGCAAUGACUGAUGAACUAAAUAAUGGUGCACUCAUUGAGGAACUAAACCGGGGGCUAAGAGGAGCUUACCAAGAAGAGGAGGCGUUCUGGAAGCAGAGGAGCAGACAACUCUGGUUGGCUUUGGGAGAAAAGAACACCAGCUAUUUUCACGCUGUGACAAAUGGGAGAAAGGCGUCAAACAAAUUCUCAGUUAUAGAAGAUGAAGACAAUAAUGUAGAAUUUGAAGAGAGUAAAAUCACGAAGGUAAUUACUGAUUAUUACCAAAAGCUGUUCACCUCGGAAGAAGGAGAAAGGAAAGAAACAGUUUCCCAAGCGUUGAAACCCUGUAUAUCGGAGGAGACAAAACAAGGCCCUAACACGGCUACCAUCACCGGAGGAAAUAAAAGAGGCGUGCUUCUCCAUUCAUCCGGACAAGGCCCCGGGACCGGAUGGUUUCUCAGCAUGUUUCUUCCAGUCCAACUGGGAAACAGUGAAAACAAAGCUCAUCUCGGAGAUACAACAAUUCUUCACCACCGGGAUCCUACCAAACAACAUCAAUGCAACUCAUGUCAGACUAAUCCCGAAGAUCACAAGUCCGAAGAAAGUCUCAGACUAUAG